CCGCCCGCCCGCCUCAGCCUGAGGAGGCCGGGCUGAAGCUCGUCGGGGAAGGGAACGGCGCGCGCGUCCGCCACAGCCGGCUGAGGCGACGAGGGGAGCUCGAGGCCUAGGAUGGAUAGAAUGACAGAAGAUGCUCUUCGCUUGAAUCUCCUAAAGCGGAGCUUGGACCCAGCAGAUGAACGAGACGAUGUUCUGGCCAAACGACUAAAAAUGGAGGGACAUGAAGCCAUGGAACGUCUAAAAAUGUUGGCACUGCUCAAACGGAAGGAUUUAGCAAAUCUAGAGGUGCCACAUGAGUUACCUACCAAACAGGACGGCAGUGGUGUCAAGGGCUAUGAAGAGAAACUCAAUGGGAAUCUCAGGCCUCAUGGAGACAACAGGACUGCUGGAAGACCAGGCAAAGAAAACAUCAAUGAUGAGCCUGUGGAUAUGAGUGCUCGACGAAGUGAACCAGAUCGAGGAAGGCUAACUCCCUCCCCAGACAUCAUUGUUUUAUCUGACAAUGAGGCUUCCAGUCCCCGUUCCAGCUCCCGAAUGGAAGAAAGACUCAAAGCAGCCAACUUAGAGAUGUUUAAGGGGAAAGGCAUUGAGGAACGGCAACAGCUCAUUAAGCAGCUGAGAGAUGAGCUUCGAUUGGAAGAAGCCCGACUGGUGCUGUUAAAGAAACUGAGACAGAGUCAGUUACAGAAAGAGAACGUGGUCCAGAAGACUCCAGUUGUACAGAAUGCAGCAUCUAUUGUUCAACCCUCUCCUGCCCAUGUGGGUCAACAAGGCUUAUCCAAGCUUCCCUCCCGGCCUGGGGCUCAAGGAGUUGAACCUCAGAAUUUGAGAACAUUACAGGGUCACAGUGUAAUUCGUUCAGCAACCAACACCACCCUUCCACAUAUGCUGAUGUCUCAGCGUGUCAUCGCACCAAACCCAGCCCAGCUACAGGGUCAGCGGGGCCCCCCUAAGCCUGGCCUUGUUCGCACCACAACACCAAGUAUGAAUCCUGCCAUCAAUUACCAACCGCAAUCAAGUUCUUCUGUUCCCUGUCAGCGCACGACAUCCUCUGCCAUCUAUAUGAACCUUGCCUCCCAUAUCCAGCCAGGAAACGUGAACAGAGUGUCCUCACCACUUCCUAGCCCUAGUGCCAUGACUGAUGCUGCUAACUCACAGGCUGCAGCUAAACUGGCUCUUCGCAAACAGCUGGAAAAGACACUCCUGGAGAUUCCACCCCCUAAACCACCGGCUCCUUUGCUUCACUUUCUGCCUAGUGCAGCCAAUAGUGAGUUCAUCUACAUGGUAGGCUUGGAAGAAGUUGUACAGAGUGUCAUCGACAGCCAAGGUAAAAGCUGUGCCUCACUCCUGCGGGUCGAACCCUUUGUUUGUGCCCAGUGCCGCACAGAUUUUACCCCUCACUGGAAGCAGGAGAAGAGUGGUAAGAUUCUUUGUGAGCAGUGCAUGACCUCCAACCAGAAGAAGGCUCUAAAGGCUGAACACACCAACCGGCUGAAAAAUGCUUUUGUGAAAGCCCUACAGCAGGAACAGGAAAUUGAACAGCGAUUGCAGCAGCAAGCAGCCCUCUCUCCCACUACGGCUCCAGCCGUGUCCAGUGUCAGUAAACAAGAGACCAUAAUGAGACAUCACACGCUUCGACAGGCUCCACAACCCCAGAGCGGCCUACAGCGUGGUAUACCCACAUCUGCCCGUUCCAUGCUUUCCAACUUUGCACAGGCACCCCAGCUGUCUGUGCCAGGUGGUCUUCUUGGUAUGCCAGGCGUCAACAUCGCAUACUUGAACACUGGCAUCGGAGGACACAAAGCCCCCAGUUUGGCAGACCGGCAGCGGGAAUACCUUUUAGACAUGAUCCCUCCCCGGUCUAUAUCGCAGUCCAUCAGUGGACAGAAAUAACGCCUGUUCCACUUGUACUGCCCCAACCUUGAAUCCUUUGCCCCUUUCCUAUUGCCCCCAACUUCCGUCGCAUGCAGUGCCUGUACUGGUGCCUACCAUACACGGAAAACAAAACAGAAAACAGAAGACAAAAGUAGAGAUCAACAAGCAAACAUGCCCUAUCCCUCAACUCCCCUUUAUUCACACUGCUGCCAUCUGUUUUCCUGCCACUGUCAUCUCUCUUCGGUUCUCUUUAACAGUGAGGUGCGUCUCCGCCUCUGAGAGAGGUCAGAAUGAGGUCCUGAGGAGAAACCUAAGCCCUUUGACAUGUGUUUCUGAAGUUUGUUUUUAUGCUAUGAUUAUUAUUAUUUCUAAUGUUGUGUGUCCUGCCUUUGUUCAGUGAACGGUUAAACCUUUUUUAUUUUCCCCCACUUUUUUUUUAAGUACUUUUUUAAAAAACACAAAUGACAUUUAGCUAAAGAUAAGAGCACUGCAGUAGGAUCCCCAGCUGCCAAGUAUAUAUGUCUGGGAGGUAGGGGCAGAAGUUAUGAAUGCACUUAACCUGAAAUGAGGGAGAGCUGGUGACCUCGAGCAAAGACCAGUGCUCAGUUGUGGGUGUUUCUGGCCUAAGGCCUUGGGGAGGCUGUGUUGAGUAUUAAGGUUAGGCUCUAAGAGAAAAGAGCCUGGAAGGAGAAGCUUUAAAAUGUAAUGGCCCUGGAAUUGACUCCUGGUGCAGGGAGAGAGUGGGCCAUGAUGAUGAGCCAAGGAGGACAGAGAUAGAGCCCUGGCCUUCUGUGGGCUGGGGACAGGGACUAAGAUUGGUUCCCCAUCGCUGUGCAAACAUACAGUCCGUUCCAGGCCAGCUACCCCAGAUUAUUUCAUAUUUUCUCUGUAACAAAGUCUCUGCUAUCCCCAAGGUUUUUUUUGUUUAUUUUUUUCCUUCCUAACCUGUCUCCUUAACCAAGCCUCAUCUGCAAUAAAGUGGAAUAGCUGCUUUUAGCUGGAGUUUGCUAGGUGUCCUUUAAGUUUGGAAUGGCGAGGAGGAAGUGAAAUGACAAAAGAAGAAACAGAUUUAGGAAAUAAGAAAGGACUUUCCUGCCGGCAGAAGAGAUUUCAUGUGUCUUUCCCUUCACCCUCUGAGUGCUGGGAGGUAAGGGUGAGACACCUAACAGGUCACAGUCCACCCUGCCCCUGCUGCACGAAAUGCAGAAUCAGCUACUCGGAGCCAAAUCAUAGGUCAGAGCCGUCUUUGGGCCUCUACUGUAAAGAUAGCUGUUGUCUUCCCCCACAGAAGUCUCUUAAUUUGCUCUUUGUUUUUUAUUUUUUUGUUUUUGUUUUGCGCUACUAAUGUAGAGAAUGAAUUGAAUUGUGCAAUGUUGCUAUUCUGGGGUUGGGAGAUGAGCAUCCUGUCACCCCACACCCUGGUGAAAGGAGAGAGAGGAGACCAGGCUGCCAUGGAGGUAAGGGAGGUCUUGAAUUCUAGGGUCCUGCCCACCUGCCUCUGCAGCUCCAGGUGCUGCCAGCAUGUAGGAAGGGGUGCUCUGGGCAGAGGCUGAGGAGUUGGAACAUUU